GUAUUUUGCACAAACAACAACAGCAGUAGCAGCAGCGCAAAGCCGGAGAGAGCGUAACUGAAGCAGUCAGGCAAACGGAAGCGCGUGCCGCAAAGUUUACGGAAAUAUAAUAACACAAAAAAAAAGUUCACGGCACAUAAACGCCACUUGACCCGUCGCUGACAAUAAACCGUUCAAUUAUUAUUAAACAAUUGAGGCAAAUCAAAAAGAAGAAGAAUAAAAAGUGCACUGAAGUGAAGUCCAAAAAUACAGAAAUGUGGCCCAACUUUGUUGCCGUCAUUUCGCUGUUCUGCCUUGCAUUGUUCUGUGCCUGGGCGCAAGCUGGACCCGUGCCAAUUGUGAAUGAGCAUCAACAGCUAAUGCCCAAGGUGCCCCAAUGGCAUUGUUUGCGCUACUUUAAGCACGAUGUGCUGAUGAUGAGGCGCUGUCGGCAUUUGCGUGUUCCUACGGCGCCACGACUUGGGGAUGGGCCUAUACGCAAGAGGAAGAAAUAGAAAUUGUGGCUAUCCGGCAAUGAAUUAAGCCAACAACAACAACAACAACUGCACACGACUGAGCAACAAGACGAAUUACAAUUAAAAAUAGAAUUCCAACAGGAUUUAUAGCGAGACCAAAGCAAAAUCAAAAAACAAAAAAACCAAUAUAUAAAUAUAUAUAUAUGUAUCUUUAAUCUAAACUUAAGACAGUCUAACCACUUGUACUUCAUAGCACGUAAGGUUUCAAUAAAAAGACAACAAAAAAUAAAAAUAAAUAAGCC